AAAAACAACGGGAGCUCUCUAGUUUUUUCACUGACAAUUCCCCGUUUUCUUCCCAUUUUACCCUUCCCUUCUUCCCCUUAUUUACACUCCUCUGCCACUCUCCGCCAUUGUCGUUUUCCUCUCCUCCUCCUCCUCCAUGUCGUUUCGCAUUCCCAGCUACUCCGAAGCUCUAUCCAACUCUUUAAAACGUUGCGUUUAGGGCUCCUUUUUGAUCCGCGUUGAAGAUGAAUCGGAGCUUUAGGGCUCAGCAAGAGACGGCAAUGCAAACUGCGGCGUUGAAACAACGGCAGCAGCUGAGAGCUUCGUUGAUGAAGGAGAAAGAGGAAGAGCUCGCAUUGUUUCUCGAGAUGCGUAGACGUGAGAAAGAACAGAGAGCUAAACCUGGAACUUCUCCGAUAUUUAAUCUCUCGGCACCGACGACUACGGCGGGGAGAAAGACGGGUGCUGCUGCUGCUGACGAUUUUCUUAAUUCCGAAAGUGAAAAAAACGAUUAUGAAUGGCUUUUAACACCUCCUGGUACUUUUCCUUCCUUGGAGAUGGAGUCACAAAUGACUGUAAUGAGUCAGAUUGGUGUUCCUAAGGCUGGCUCAACUACCCUGAAAUCUAGGCUGGCGAAUUCCCACCCAGAGUCUGCUGCCAGGAGCAACUUAUCACCAAAGCAACCGGCUUUAUCCCCUGGGUCGAAUUCUAUAGGUGUUCGCAGGCCCUCAUCAUCAGGGGCAGGUUCAAGACCAGCAACACCCACUGGGCGGCCUACAUUGACUGGAGCAUCUAAACCUACAAGAUCGUCAACACCCACAUCUCGGGCCACAUCAUCAACCAAGCCCUCAAAUCCCUCAACUAAGCUUGUAACAUCUGCAGCAAAGCCUGUAAUUUCUGCUACCAAGUCUGCAACAAAACCCGUAACUUACACAACUAAACCCACGGUUUCUGGUGCCAAGACUACAGCUUCUGCUACUAAACCCACAGUUUCUGCAAGAUCUGCCACGCUGACAAGGUCCACAACAAGGUCUUCAACACCAACAAGGUCCACAACAAGGUCUUCAACACCAACUGCAAGACCUUCUAUACCUUCAUCCAAACCUGUAUCAAGAGCAGCCACACCGACUUGUCGUUCAUCAACUGCUGCUAAUAUAUCUGCUCCUUCAAUCAAACCAUCCCCAUCUGUUACAAAGUCAAUUCUUUUAGCAUCCAGAAAUUCUGUUCCAUCACGUGGUGCCUCUCUAGUGGUAAAAUCUAAGCCAUGGAAGCCUUCUGAGAUGCCUGGUUUCUCACUUGAUGCUCCACCAAAUUUACGAACAACACUACCUGAUAGACCUUCAGCAACAAGAGGCAGGCCUGGAGCACCAAGUUCUCGAUCUUCUUCUGUUGAACCAGGUCCUAUCGGUAGACCAAGACGGCAAUCAUGCUCACCUUCAAGAGGACGUCCCCCUCAUGGUUCUAUGCUGCAUGUCAGUGGGAGCUCCGUGCCCGCAAUAAGUCGUGGAUAUUCAAAAGUUAGUGACAACGUGAGCCCUGUUGUGAUUGGAACUAAAAUGGUUGAGAGGGUAAUAAACAUGCGGAGACUGGCACCUCCUGGGAAAGAUAAUAAACAUUCUCCUCACGGUAACUUGUCUGGGAAGUCUUCAUCACCAGAUAGUUCAGGCUUUGGAAGAACGCUCUCAAAGAAGUCAUUGGAUAUGGCUAUAAGGCAUAUGGAUAUAAAUCGACGCAUUCCUGGUAAUUUACAGCCAUUAAUGACAAAUAUUCCAGCAUCAUCUAUGUACAGCGUGAGAUCAGGUCCUACACGGAGCAGAAAUAUUAGUGUCUCGGAUUCCCCUCUUGCUACAAGCAGCAAUGCUAGUUCAGAGCUUAGUGUCAAUAACAAUGGCGUUUGUUUCAAUGGGAACGAAGUAGAAGAUGAUAUUGGCAGUGAGGUAGGUGGUCGAUCCCCUGCCAGCAUGCAUGCCAGAUGAUUGCCAGGGUUAAUAAGGUACGAAAAUACAUUACUUGUUAUUUUUUAAAUCUGUGGUAUUUGACAUUCAGAAGAGAACUGAUUUCUAGGAAGAACCACGAAUCGAAUCACUAUUCUAAUAUUAAUGUAAAGCUAAUUAGAUUUGCUUAAUGUGUUGUAAUUAACAAUCAUUGUAUUAUUAGGGCAACCAAUGUAGAUGGUAGACAUCUUUUCUUCAGCUUCGACACAGUGG